AUGUCAUGUGUGCCAUCAAUGGCCAUCCUCAUGCCAUGCUCAAUGAUCAUGGUGCCAGUAAAGACUACAAAGAUCACUAUGCUUCCUUCUGCCACAGCCUCGCCGUGCCUCCAUGUUCAACUACAGCAACAAGGUGUCACGCAGAUGAAGAAAUUGUUCUUCUUUGCCCUCUGUAUGGAGGCAAUAAUAAAGAGUAAUAAAUGUUCACUUGAAGUCAUAAAAAUGAGGUCUGUUUCCCCAGAAUGGUGCUACCAGUCUCAGGUUACAUGUCCCACGCCAUGUCAAGGUCCAUCAGAAUGGAAUGAAGUAGCGAUGAGUUGUGGAGGACAGGCCCAGUCUCCGAUUAACAUAGUCACCAAGAGGGCGCGCACAGAUGAGCGCCUUCAGCCACUCCAUUACACUGGCUACCAGUUUGGAUUCCACAGUGACAUCAUCAACAAUGGCCACUCUGUCCAGGUGAACUUACCAGACAGCGCAAAGAUCGGUGGUGGCAACUUGGAGUCGACCUACAAGACACUUCAGCUUCAUUUUCACUGGGGAGCCAAUGGAGGACCAGGGUCUGAACACACCAUUGAUGGAGAGCAGUAUCCUAUGGAGAUGCAUAUUGUUCAUAUAAAACAAGAAUAUCAUUCAUUAAGUGAGGCCCUAAAGGACAAAACUGGAGUUGCUGUUCUUGGAUUCUUUUACCAAGAAUCAGGAAGCUCAAACAAAAAAUAUGAAUCCAUUGUAAAUGGUCUAAAAUACAUCACACAACCAGGCACUAAUACCACAGUGAACGAUUUGUCUCUGGACAUGCUGCUCCCAUCUCAGGAAAACCUGACUACGUACUAUCGCUAUCAGGGAUCAUUGACUACGCCGAACUGUGAUGAGUCUGUGGUUUGGACUGUGUUUGAAAAUGCCAUUCCUCUCAGUAAAGAACAGCUGUCGGCAUUUUCUCAGCUGAAAUUUGCAGAUGGACUAAACAUGACUGCCACUUACCGACCAGUGCAGCCUUUAAAUGGACGGGAGGUGUAUCGUUCUGGGAGUGUGGUGGUGUGGGUCAACACUGUGGUCCUCCUCAGCGCAGCACUUGCAGCUGUUGGCCUGUCUUUACCAGACUGA